UGUUGAGAAAUACAGGGGUGGAUAACUCAUAAAACCUCAGUUGAUCAAAAUCCUCUGGCAGAGCAGAAAAAGAAAUAGAAUCUGCACAAUGAAGCUCCAUACAGCUUCAGUACUGCUCCUGAUCUUGACUUUGGAAUCUGGGUGCUCAGCACAAAACAGAUUCUUCAUCUCAGCCCCCAAUGUGUUUCAUGUGGGGGUUAAGGAGAGAGUGUUAGUCCAGAUGGGAGAGCCUUAUUCCACCAGUGUCACUCUCUACCUGCAACAUGAGACUGAAAAUACUGUUGUGUCUAAUAAGGAAACUGUUAACUGUGCUGGCGAACAAGACAUCAAAACAGUUGAGCUCACGAUAAACAGGGAAAUUAUGUCAAGAAUGCGACCUCAAAAACAUCACCCCCCUUACCUUAUGCUAGUGGCGGAGAGCCCAUCCUUCAGAGGCAGGAAGUUAACAAGGGUCCUGGUAUCAAAACACAGGGGGUAUAUCUUUAUUCAGACUGAUCAGCCAAUCUACAACCCAACACAGAAAGUGAAUUACAGGAUAUUCACUCUAGACCACACAUUCAGGCCUCAUGAGGAAGUGUUCCAGAUAACAGUAUAUAAUGCUGUUGGAAACAAAAUAAUGAGAUCUCUUAAGACUGGAAAGGGAGGGAUACUCAAAGGCAUAUUCCCUAUACCUGAUGUUUCUAAACCAGGCACAUGGAAGAUUACAGCUCACUAUGAAGAUGAUGAAACAAAUGCUGCUUCUCGAGAGUUCAGAGUCCAAAAAUUUGUUUUACCAAGCUUUGAGGUGAGCAUUGGGUUGGAGCAGAACUAUAUUUUGCUGAAUGAUGAAAAUUUUGAGUUCACCAUCUCAGCCAGGUAUUCACAUGGUGAAAAAGUUAGAGGGGCUUACCACUGCCAAUUUGGAAUGGUAAAAAAAGAGAGAACCCAAGGUCAAAGAGUAAAGCCUGAAUUUAUCAGGGGAUUGGAGCUGACUGGUACGGUCCAGGAGGGAAGUGCAAAAGUUUCUCACCUUACAGCAACAAUAAAUGAUCGACUCCAAGACCAGCUAAACAAAACCCUCUCUGAUUUACAGCAAAGUGGAGGACAACUCUAUCUGGGAGUCUUUGUCACCAACAUACAAAGUGGUGAAAUUCAAGAGGCAGAGGUUUAUCUUCCUGUCCUCUCCCACAAAUACACCAUGGAUCUCUCUCGAACUCGCUCAUACUUCCUUCCUGGAUAUCCACUAGAUGUGGUGGUGGUCAUGCGUCUCCCAGAUGGCUCUCCUGCAGCUGGUGUGUCAGUGAAUAUUGAUGUACCAGGAUCUUCAGAGCAAUCCUUGCAAAGCCUUACUGACCAGGAGGGGGCAGUGUUUCAUAGCUUUAAUAUUGACACUACAGCUCAGAUUACUGUUCAAGUGACCGCAGAUGGCCUGCGAGAGAGGAAAAUAAUUAAGCGUGCUUCAUCUCCGAGUAACAGCUAUCUUUAUUUAAGUUUUACCCACAAGGUGUACUCUGUAAAUGAUCUACUUGCAGUAACAUACAACACCAUGAAUGGCCCAAGUAAUGGAUUUAUAUACUACAUGGUCCUAAGUCGUGGGACCAUAAUAAAACAUGGCUCGCUCCCAUUUGGCAGUUCAGUUAAACAAAACCUGCAAAUAACACCUGAUAUGGUUCCAUCCUUCCGCCUGAUUGGCUACUUCUACAACCAGCGUGGUGACAUCAUUUCUGACUCUGUGUGGGUAGAUGUCAGGGAUGAAUGUGAGAUAAAGGUCGAGGUUGAACGAAAAGGACCUUUUAAACCUGGAAGGCAGUCAGUACUAGAAUUUAAUUUACAUGGUCAGAGAGCCAAAGUGGCUUUGCUUGCUGUGGAUAAGGCCAUCUACGCACUCAAUGCUGAUAAUAAACUCACAGGCAAACAGGUGUUUUCUGCUAUGCAAUCAUAUGACCUUGGUUGCUCAUACAGUGGAGGAGGAUCUGAUACAACAUCUGUGCUAAGAGAUGCCGGCCUGGCUUUUGUAUCUCAGUCCCAGUCAGAGUACAGAAGGGAUUUUGGCUGUGACUCACAAUCUGCACGACAGAGACGCUCUGUGGACCUUCAACAGGAAAUGAUGACCCUAAAAUCUAACUUUACUGAUGAAAAACUUCAAGAGUGCUGUGGUCAUGGGUUUUCUCGCAUCCCUAUGACACUAACAUGUCAGGAAAGAGCAAACAGGGUCGCUUUGGUGCAACGGAAUCAAGACUGUGCUGAUGCCUUUUUAAAAUGCUGCCUUGAAGGAGAACGUCUGAGACAAAAAAAGAUGCAAGAGGAUGCCCAGAAAGGACUUGGCCGGACUGCAAGCACAGCUGACAUUGAACAGUUCCUCAUGGACUCUGCUUCUCAGUACAUUCGACGAUUUUUCCCUCCAAGCUUUGCAUUCACAGAAUUUGAUAUAAAUAACAAACAAAGAUAUUCUUUGAGUCUACCUGAUUCCAUCACCACAUGGGAAAUUCAGGUCAUCACAUUAUCUGCAGCCAGUGGUUUCUGUGUAGUUAAGCCGACCGAGGUCAGAGCAUUUAAGAGGACAUUUGUGUCUCUGAGGCUGCCUUACUCAGUCAAGAAAUAUGAGCAAAUAUCCAUUUCACCUGUUAUCUACAACUAUGGCCAUGAAGACCUAAAGGUGGCGGUUCAUAUGGAACAAACUGAAGGACUUUGCUCCCCCGGCUCAGCCACCACUGCAGCUUUUGUUAACAUUACUGUGGAGCCAGAGUCCUCCCAGUUUGUCUCUUUCUCUGCUGUCCCCAUGGUAAUCGGCUCAAUACCAAUCAAAAUACGUCUCUAUGAUAUAGAGAAUGAGAUGGGAACAGAUGCAGUUGAAAAGACUUUGAAUGUGUGGGAGGAAGGAUUAGAACAGAGAGUAGAGGAAACCCUACUGAUUAAGUUAGAUGGGAGAAGCACUAUAACUAUUGAUGGAACUUUACCAGAUGAAAUAAUCCCUGACUCCAGCUCCAAUAUUUUCAUUUCAUUGGAAGAGAAUGGAUUUUCUUCACAAGCAAAGAACCUUCUAUCUCUAGAGAAGGUUUAUCAACUGAUCGUGUUGCCUGGUGGAUGUUUAGAACAGACAAUGUCAGGACUUGUCCCAACAGCUUCAGCCCUUCGCUACCUCGAUCUAAGUGAGCAAUGGUUUAACUUGCCUCCUGGUGCCAGAGAUGAUGCUCUUGAUAAAGCUGAGAGAGGUUACAUGAGGAUUUUAGAUCACAAGAAAUCCAAUGGAGCUUAUGGAACAUUUUCUUCAGUGCGAUCUAGUAAUUGGGUGACUGCCUAUGUAUUGAAAGUGCUGUCAUGGGUGGCGGAACGUCAGACAGUGACUUUUGGAGAGAGAGCCCGGACAACUAGAGUUGUACCAUCAGAACAGAUUGCGGACACAGUCAGUUAUUUGGUCUCAAUACAAAAGUCCGACGGUUCAUUCAGUGACCCACAACCUGUGUUACACAGACACGUCCUGAAAGGCAAAGACCAAGAGGCAUACAUGACGGCUUUCAUAACUCUUUCACUGCACCGGUCUCUUCGAUUCCUGAAACUCGAAGCACGAAACAAUGCGGAAGCAAGCAUUUUAAGAUCAACAACGUAUCUCACGUCAAACGUAGAGGAGCUUCAGCAUCCCUACGCUGUUGCCAUUACAGCCUACUGCCUCGCAGUUUGUCUGCCAGAGGGAACAGAUCUUUCAUCUGUCUGGACAAAACUUCAAGGAAUGGCUACUGAAGGCAUGGAUGGCUGUUAUAUGUGGACUGGUAACAGUGCACAGACUCAAAGGAGGGCAGAUGCCAUCACAAUAGAGACUACAGCCUAUGCCCUCCUAACUGCAGUGGCACUCAAGAAAACUGAGUGGGCAGACAAAGCAGCCUGCUGGUUAGUCACCCAAGAAAACUAUGCUGGAGGCUUCAUAUCAACACAGGAUACUGUCAUGGCACUGGAAGCCCUCGCUGAGUAUGAGCUAAAGAGGUCCACCAGACCCGAGGCCAAUUUAUUAGCAGAGUUCACAGUCCCUGGAAGAGGAGACAUUGUAAAGCUUUCACUGCAAAAAAAGGAGAAGGUGGAAACUGACUUGAAGAAAUUUGCAGGGAAAAACAUUGUUGUGCAAUUGUCAGGGAAAGGAGAUGCCAAACUAAAAUUUGCAAAGGCUUACCACGUACUGGAUCCCAAGGAUGACUGUGCCAAACUGUCUAUCAGUGUCACAGUGGAGGGGAAAGUGAAGUACACUGCUAAGAUCAUAGAAACUUAUGAAUACUAUGACGACUAUGAUAACAAUGAGGAUGAGGAUAAAGAGACAAGAAUGAAGCGAUCAGCGAUUGAAUGGUGGGAUGCUCACACCCGAAGCAGGAGAGACCUUGAUAACAACCCAAAUCCAGACGGGACUGUCACCUACAGAGUCUGUGUCAGUCAUAGCCUGUACCACAAUCUCUCAGGAAUGGCCAUUGCUGACAUCACACUACUGAGUGGAUUUGAGGCUGAUACUGAGGACCUAGACAGGCUAAAAGAAAUACCUGAGCAAUACAUUUCCCAUUAUGAAGUCUCCUAUGGAAGGGUGCUACUCUACUUCAAUGAGCUUUACACACCAGAGGAGUGUAUUAGAUUCGAUGCUAUACAGAGAGUGCCAAUUGGCCUUCUGCAGCCUGCUCCGGCCGUGUUCUAUGACUAUUAUGAACCAAACCAAAAGUGUACUGUGUUCUACUCUGCUCCCCAAAGAAGCAAGCUGGUCUCCAAACUGUGUUCAGAGGAUGUGUGCCAGUGUGCAGAAAGACCCUGUCAUAGACUAAAAAUGACAUUCAAAUCAGAAAGAAAUCGACCACUGACACAGGAUGACCGUGUACAGCAUGCUUGCUUCUUCCCUACAGUGGAUUAUGCAUACAUGAUUGAAGUUCUUAAUGUUUCUAUGAGGAGCAACUUUGAGCUAUACAAAACUAAAGUGAUCCAAGUACUCAGAUCAAAUGCAGAUAUGUUCGUGACUGAAAACUCUGUUCGAGUGUUUGCUAAGAGGCGUCAGUGUAAAGGAGGGUUGGACCUGGGAAAGCAGUAUCUCAUCAUGGGCAAAGAUGGCUCCACAACUGACUCAGACGGAGCGAUGCAGUAUCUGUUGGAAUCAAACACCUGGGUUGAAAAGAAGCCUCAGCAUUGCAGAAAGUCUGCCCAUCAAGCUGCAUGCAAAGGGUUCAGAGAAUUCAAUAAGGAGUACAAGUUGAAUGGAUGCAAACAGUGAACUGCCAAACAAGUUUGUCAGUUAUAAUACAUUUCCAUGAGUUGUACAGUCAGCAUGAAUGCUGAGAGCUCUUCUCUUAUAUCUACUAUUAUAAUCUGUUUCAUGGAAGCAUAGUAUAAAAGCAUCCAUACUUACUGACACAUUAUUGCUCGCCUUAAUCAGACAGCAGGUGGACGAGUGAUUCAGCCUCCAGCAUCUGAAAAUGAACUACUUGAGUGUAAUCAUUUCUUUAUGUGCAUCUACCAGUGUUUAAAUAAAAAAACACACUUCAGAAGGUU